UGUAGAAAGUGAUGUUCCGGGGACUCUGUCCCGGGCUGUGUUUUAAAACUGCUUCUCUCUGUCUCCCUGUGAUACCGUCUGUCCUUUCAAACGGCUUGUCUUUGUCGUCCCGCGUCCCUGUCUGUCCCCUCCGUCCCCGUGUCCGCCUCUGUGUCCGGCUGCACGCCUCCAGGAACCCGGUGCUGGGAGUGACCACAGGGAUGGGCCAGUCCCUCAUCAGCAGCAACCACCUGGCCACCAUCCAAGCUCUGGCAGCCAGUGGUGGUCAGCUCCCCAUUUCCAGUCUUGAUGGGAGUGGGAAGCUGGUGUUGGGGGCCAGCGGGGGUGCUGGAGGCGGACUCCCCUCCUCCCUCUUCCUCAACCACGGGGGGCUGCCUCUCCUGGCGUCGGGAGCCAGCGUGGGAUUGGUCAGCGCGGCUGUCGCCAAGGUAGCCAAGGCGGCCUCCCUUCCCGCCUCCACCCCCAGCCUGGUGGCCAUGAGCCCGGCCUCCUCCUCUUCCUUGUCCGGCUCCGCCUCUUCCUGCUCCAGCUCCUCCUCUUCUUCCUCCUCCUGCAGUGAGCCGGCGCAGAGCCCGCCCACCCUGGGCCCCCUGGGGCUGGGAGGCGGGGCCAAGGCUGAGUGACGAGGCGGCGUGCUACUGACUGGCGGGACCGGCAAGAAGACUAACCAAUGAAAACAAAGAUGAACACAAAACCCCGCCUCCCCUGACCCUCCCGACCCGCCAGGAAGUCCCCGCCCCUCUGCACUCCCUCCCCCGGCCUCCCUCGUCUCGCAAAGCCAAAAACACAGAACGAAGGAGCGAGAGAGGACGAGGAGAGGAGAGGAAGGAGAGGGAUGAUCAGGGGAGGGAGGGGGUGACUGAAACCAAAAAUUAUCUAGCUUUUCCCCCGGAGGAAGGGACUGGCUCUGGGGCCAAGGAAGCCCUUUUUCUCCGGAGGCACCAAACGACACCAAAUAGGAAAGACAGGAAACCGGAGCGACGAUUCGGAGAGGAACUUUGAACCAAAAAAAAACCCCACGAACACUCUCGUUUGUGUCGUGAGUGGGGGGCGGAGGCCGGAGCCCCGCCCACAGCCUGCCAGGACUACAGAACUCUUACAAACCAAAAAUCAACGUGACUAGCUGAACCCAAAGGCUCUGUACAGACCCGUCCAGGACCGGUUCUGGACCCAGCUUCAUUGCCAGCACCUCUGUCCUUCACACAGCCCCUACCGACCCAUCUCAGGCCAUCCGUCUGAAAUUUACUUUUUGCUCAAUGUAAUUAUUUUGUGAAUCGUGUGCUGGAAGAGCUGAGCUCAGAGUUUUUUCACCAAACGGACUGCCUGCCCGUCUCUCUCAUCUCCUUACCUACCUGUCUGCCUGCCUGUCUCUCUCAUCUUCCUGUCUGUCUCUGCUCGUCUCCAUCAUCUCCCCACUUGCCUGUCUCUCUUUUCUUCCUGUGUCUAUCAGUCUGUCUCUAUCAUCUCCAUCUCUCUACCAUCUCCCUGCCUCAUUUAUCGUCUCCCUACCUGCCUCUCUCUUCUCCUUACCUGUCUAUCUGCCUGCCUCUCUUCUCCUUACCUGUCUGUCUCCAUCUAC